UCAGCAGAUAUGGCCGACGACGUUCCAGAUCUUAUAAACAUCUCUAUCUCUCUGAAAAUACAGCCGAAUGACGGACCGGUGUUUUUCAAAGUAGAUGGGACACGGUUUGGGCAGAACAGGACAAUAAAACUGCUAACCGGGUCCAAAUACAAAAUUCGGGUGGUGAUGAAGCCGACGAACGUUUCACCUGGGACCAUGGGCAUCGGCGGCGUCAACUUCCCCCUGGAGGUGGAGACCAAGGAGGAGGACUCGGUGGUGUUCACUGGCCUGUACGACACAGAGGGCGUGCCACACACCAAGAGCGGAGAGAGGCAACCUAUUCAGGUCUCCAUUGAGUUCAAGGAUGCUGGCACGUUUGAGACGGUGUGGCAAGUCAAGUUCUAUAACUACUACAAGCGGGAGCACUGUCAGUUUGGCAACAACUUCAGCAGCAUCGACUACGAGGUCAAGCCAAACGAGACACGCAGUCUGAUGUGGAUCAACAAGGAGGCUUUCAUCUAG